GCUGCCUCUGGUCAACAUUUUUCGAGCGAAGACUGCAAAGUGGUACUUAACGAAAUCCUUGACACGCUGAACAAGGAAGAGAAUGUAGCUCAAUUAGACGAAGCUCGAGAGAGUGCUGGCAAUGACAUGUUGAAAACUAUGCAGCUUGUUUUCCCGUUAGCAACACAAAUUGAAAUGGGUAUCAUUGAAAAAUACGGAUUCCCAGGAAAUGGAGAAGGUUUGGUGCGCUUUACUCAGCUGGUCAAGUCGUACGAGAAGUACAACCUUGAAAUCUCUCAGUUAAACGAGAAGCUACGGGCAAUACUUAUACCUCCGCUGCCCCUGCAACCACCUCCAACAACAAGUACAACAGCAACUGUUACAACAACAACCGCUGCUGCUGCUGCUGCACCUGCACCAGAAGAAACAACCAUAGUCUCAUAGAGAAAAACACAUACGCAUACACAGACAAACACAGUCACAUAAAUAAUUAGAAGCUUUUCUCUUUUUUUUUUUGUGAUUUAAUCAAAAGAAGGGUGGUGCUUGUGGCCCUUUUGAGUUUUUCCCUGAUAAGUAAGGAUAUUCAGGUUGGAAACUUAUAUUUGUACAUAUAUAUAUGUACAAUUAUAUAUAUAUAUAUAAAAUAUUUGGACCUCAGGUAUAUGGUUAGUUGUAUGCCGAUUAAAGCAUUUUCACCGUUUAGGCUAUCUGAUGUCAUUCACAGUUAUGAUAUGUCACUGGGUCUACGUCAGGAAUUUUGUUGUGUUCAUUGAGUUUAAAAUGAAUGAGGGAAACAGAAAAUGGACUUAAGAAGAAUUUGGGUUGAAUAAAGAUUCUUGCUAACUCCAAUUUCCAUUUCCUUCAUUCAUUAUGUGUGUGUAUGUAACAGGCUUCGUUCGGUUUCUGGCGACCAAAUAUACUCUCAGCUUCAGAUAAUGAUGUCCCUGUUACUCAAAUUAAAAAAAAAACAGGACAGUCACUCUUGGGUUGUCUUUCAUCAUUGGUCUGGACUAGCCAGGAGAUAAACAACAAUAUGGCCCAAAUUGUUGCAACAGACUGGACUUGUCUAGAGGUAUCCAAUGGCCACAUGGUUAAGUUUAACCAGGGUAGGAGAUUAAAUUUACCACCUGUAAAAUCUAUAAUAUAAUAAGGAUUUUAAUAUGCUACUUACCUACAUGCAAAGACAAACACAUUUUUAUCUCACCCUAUAACAUUUGGAUAACUUCAUCAUAUAUAAUGCUUAUAUACAUUCACAUUUUAUAAGAUCAAUCAUGUAUUAUCUCCUCAUAGCUUUGAGAUUUUGAAGAUGUGUUUAUUUUGAAAAUGACGUUGCAAGGUUACCAAGCUUGACAGACAUUUUUUUGUCAACCACCUCUAUGUAAAGAAUUGUUUUCAGGCAAGAAAUUUUGUGAACGAGAUGUAAUAUCGCUUCAGCUAAUAUGUGAGUAUAUACACAAUACAUGUAUAUAUAUAAAAUAAAUGUACUUUAUUUAAAAUUC